UUGGAAUACCAUAUGCGCAAUCACAUGGGUUCGAAACCGUACAAAUGUCCCAAAUGUAAUUAUGAAUGUGUGAACAAAUCCAUGCUGAACAGUCAUAUGAAAUCACAUUCGAACGUCUACCCGUAUCGUUGUGCAAACUGCCAUUAUGCGACCAAAUAUUGUCACAGUCUGAAACUACAUUUGGCCAAACACGAUCACAAACCAGCGGUGGUGUUGAAUGCGGAUGGCAGUUUAGAAGAGGACGACGUUGAUCCAGCACCUAGAAUAUGUUUUAAUCGCCAUGCGGUAGAAUCCGCGGAUAAUCAGGUUCACGCGGACGAGGCCUUGGGGUCGUUUGAUUACGAAUGUCGAUUCUGUGAGAUACGAUUUCGUCAACGUGCGUUGUACGACAUUCACAUGGGUUUCCACAGCCACACUGAUCCUUAUUUGUGCAACCGAUGUGGACAUCAGAGUGGUAAUCCUGUGGACUUUUUCAUCCACCUAGGCCAAAUGGCGCAUCACGCAUAA